UUUAAGAAGACAGUAUUUUAUCCGAUCUUUGAUUGCAUAGAAUAUUAUAUUCUCCAUAUAUUAAUAAGUUUCGAUGCUAGUUUUAGUGAUUUAAAUCACAAGGAUUGUCUUUGGAAAAUUAAAGUACACCAAAAUAAUUUUAACAUGUUGUAGUGAAAAUGGCCGACACUGGUGACAACAUACACGCGAUAGCAUCAUAUUUAGGCGUAAAGUGUGGAAAAAUAACAUACGAUGGACCAGAAAGAAUCCCUGUGAUGAAAGGCAAAACGGGUACCAGGAGAGGAUUUGUUUCUAUUGUUAAACAUCUUACAAGAGCAGCAGAGAAGAAGCUGCUUAUUGGUGAAGAAGCAGCAGAGAAAGCUGUAGUUGAUCAAUGGCUGGAAUAUAAAGUUUGUCAUUUAGACAGAUGCCCUUCUGAUAAGGAUAAAUUUAUCAUGUUAAUGGAUUUGGACCACUAUUUGAAAGAUAAAGUGUAUUUUUUACAUCACAGAUUAAGCCUGAUAGAUCUAGCAUUGUUUUAUACUCUCCAACCAACCUUUGCUGAUCUGACAUUUUAUGACAAACAGAAAUUGAUGCAUUUAUCAAGAUGGUAUAAUAAUGUACAACAGUCACCAACUAUACGACAGUCAUUCCCAGCAGUAACAUUUUCAAAAGUACCCCUAUAUUCAGGAUCAGCUCACUGACCAAAAAGAUGUUGUCUUGACUAAUUGACAUUUACUUUUGUAAUGCAACUACCUUGAUUAAAAUCUUGAAGGUUUAAACAAUCAGAAUA